AAAACAGGUUAUCCAUAAUUAACAUGACCUGCUAGACAACAGUUCCAACAAACUUCGAUGAGAACUUCCUUCUUCGAGAUACUAAGCCCACCCUGUUGCCUGCUAUCAUUACAGAGCGGCAUGUACCGGAGAAUUAUCAUUGCGAAACGAAUCAAAACAAAACAAUCAGCAAACCAUCAAUGCUGGAUUGAUGGCAUCGCUGCAAUUAACCGCUGCCUCGACCGGGGAAUGAUCCUCGUCGAAUUCUAAUGGAUGUAAAGCUCCCGUCCAGUGGCUUCUACACUGUCGCCGUGUGUGAUGAGUUUGUUCGGCAGGAGUUACAACAUAGUCACCGUAGGAAACAAAAAAAAAAAAAAAAACAAACGGGUGGUUCAUUGUCGGGCCUGGUUAGUAAAUGAUGCUGCAAACUAAACAAAACAACCAGUUAUAGUUAGUACCCUAUCAAAUGCAUUCAACCCACGGCAUGGCAAACAAUCAGCCCGACAAGGUCUGACAUUCAAACCAUUGGUGGCGCCUACGCUUCCUUCGCAAUGCGCGUACUGCUAAUACUUCAACCUUUAACCUAAGCAAACGGCGAGCGGGCGCGCGCACGUGUCACGUGCCGGUGCAAUUAGAUAAGGCCCAUCCUGGGAGGUGUGGCAUUUAUAAUAACGCGACCGGUCACGUUUGCGUGGGAACUGGCUCUUCCUGUCGGAGGCUGCCCGUAUUGUGUUCGUUGCUCUUCUCUGCUGAUCCCGGUUUCCGCCAGAUCUCUGUGGAUGGCUCGCGUUGCUGAUGAUUAUGCUCGCAAGCUAUGGUCGUGAUCGAGAAUGUCCGGAACAGCAACAAAAAAGUAGCCUUGAAGUGGGCCGCCUGCCGACGAUGGAGGAUGGGCAAGACUCCCUGUCCAUGUUCUAGUCCGCCCUCUUCCCCUCCCGCGGGAUGUGGCAGGAGUGAGCAGAGAGUUAGCUCACUGCGCGCCGAGUGGGGACAGCCAUAACGAAGAUGACGCUUCACUCAUCAUCAAACCCCUAAUCGGCCAGUUCUUCCGUUUUACGGCUUUACAGCCGCGCGAAUUAAAAUUGGAAAGGAACGCGCUGCCCCGCCGGCUGGCCAGCGUAUAUAAGCACCCGUCAGUGGUCGGGAUGCUCGCACUGAUUAGUUGCUAAUCGACGGCGGUGCGUUUGGGUAGUUUGUGCGAGACCAGAGACCCAAGUCCUCACCGUGGGAAGGGUGUGUGCUUAUCCUGCAGCGGACGUAGCGUAGGCAGCAGCAGUGACUCUUCAACCUCAUCUCAACACUCAAUCAGCUUCGUUUGCUUCUGGGUUUACGUAGCGGGGCAGGGUUUACAGCACAACAAGCAAUCAAACAGUUACAACUACAUCAUGUACGGAUUGCGCUGCGUCAGUGCGCUGCUGCUUGUGGGCUGUCUGCUGAACGUUGUCGCAGUGUGUUGGUCCGACCUUACCACGCUACGGUACGACACGACAACAGGCGACGCUGAGUCUAGCGCGGAACCAUUCACGGACGUCCCGAGCACGGUGCAGCCAGCGGCACUGCCACCGGGUGCCGGCGCCGACUACAUCGAUGCGGUCGAGUGGGCCGAACCGAGCGCGUACGAUGUGUACUGCAGACCGGAUCUCUGCCUGCGCUACAACCGGGCCGGGCUGCUCGAGGCCAAGCGGCACGUGGCCUGCGGAUUUAACGGGUCGUUUGCGGACGCGUGCCCACCGGGCCGGAUGAUACAGAAGAUUGACGCGCAGCUGCGCGCCUACAUACUCCACCUGCACAACGAGGUGCGGGACCGGUUGGCGCGGGGCGACGAGGCUGGCUUUGCGGCCGCCUCCAGGAUGCCCACGGUGACUUGGGACGAUGAGUUAGCGAAUUUGGCAGAAAUUAACGUGCGCAGCUGCAGGUUCGAGCAUGACGAGUGCCGCAGCACCUACCAGUAUCUGCACGCCGGGCAAAACCUGGCCGUCGGGUCCUACUACCUUGAGACGGACAUCUUCGAGAUCAUCCACAACCUGACCGGGCUGUGGCACCGGGAGUACCUCGACACGACCCAGGAAGUGUUGGACAAGUACACGACCGACUACAAUGCUACGAUCGGGCACUACACGCAGAUGGUUUCCGACCGCACGACCGCGAUCGGGUGCGGCGUGGUGAUCUACCCGAAAAAGAUGGAGGACUUUGUGUUCAAGAUGGUGCUGUACGCGUGCAACUACGCUAUCACCAGCAUCGUGCACCAGCCAAUCUACCGGAAGGGCGAGCCGGCGAGCCGCUGCCGCACGGGCACCAAUCCGGACUAUGCCGGGCUGUGUAGCUGGGAGGAAAAUCAGUUUAUUAAAGCAGUGCCUGCGUAUGUUUGACCGUA